AACAACAGUAUUUUUUUUUUCCUUUUGGCGCCAAAGGCAAUGUUUAUUUAUAAUGGUUUGAACUUUUACGCGGGAAAAAAAUGUUAGUCUCCAAGUAAAAUUGGCGGCAACAAAGACUCAAAACUGGCGCCAAAACUGAUUACACUAAUUCUUACUUAACCUUAUCAAUCAAAAAUCUGCUCAUUACCAAAAGAAAAAUGAACCGUCGAAAAAGUUCUUGGUGGGACUUACCAUCAGAGCUUCUUACAGCCAUUGGCGGGCGCCUCAAAACACGAACCGACCUCUGCAAGUUCCGAACAGUCUGUUCGACAUGGCGGCGAUCAGCCCCAGUCUCACAAAAAUCUCUUAUCCCCUCUUUUACCCCACAAAAUCUCAACCCCCACUCCUCCCCUUUUAGACAAGAACAGAUCAAGUCAUAUGUCGUCGGAAAUUCCUGGAAAAUCUUUAAUCAUUGUACCAUGCUCUAUUUUUCUCCUCCGACCGUCUCGAAAUCCGAAGGCCUCACCUUGGUUUAUUACUGUUGAGGAGUUAAACCCAGGUAAAUUCUACCUUAGGAAACCUCUUUCUCGAAUAAAUAUCCCCAAAGUCUUGCAGUUAUCUGAUCUUGAAGUGAUUGAACUUGGGAAAUUCUGUACUUUACGGUCAGCUGAUAGACCUUUGGACAUGUUUGAGAGCCGAUGUUUAAGGAACAAAGCGGUUUUAUUUAUGGAUCCGAAACAUAAAAACAAUCCUACAAUUGAUAAUUGUACUGCUAUGGUGCUGUAUGGUAAUGGAACUUUAUCCGCAAUUAGGCUUAACAAUGAGGAAGAAAAAUAUCUGAAUACCAAAGGAAGGAAUUUUGAUGAUAUCCUCAACUUCAAUGGAAGGGUAUAUGCUAUUGAUCAUCGAGGAAGGUUGUAUCGAACGGGUUAUGAUUCGUUAUCAAUGUUGGGGAUUGUAGGGGAGCCAAUAGGAGAGGGUUCGACAACUGAUAAAAAGAAAUGUCUGGUAGAAUUGUUAGGUGAACUCUAUGUUGUUGUUUAUAGAUGUCGUAGGCCUGGAAACCGAUCACCUAUCAGUUUCGAGGUGUAUAGAUUGCAAGAAGAAGAGGGGGGAUGGGAAACAGUCAAAGAUAUCGGUGAUCGUAUAAUAUUUGUAACGUUGGAUGGCUGCUUCUUUGCCAACAAAAAUUAUUUUCCUGGUCAGAGAGGUCAUUCGAUUGUGUACUAUAAAAGAACCUUCCCUCAAUAUACGGGUAGCAGUCUUGAUAUUGGUAUUUUCCAUUUUGAUGAUGGGCGUGGAAUUGAUGGAUAUGGAAUUAUGGAUGGUCUGUAGCGCCUUCUCCUCAAUAUUCUGAGGUGUUCUGGCCACCCCCAGCGUGGCUUUUGCCGGAUACUGAAUCUGCCACUAAGUAAGAUAUGCUUCUAACUUUUAUUUCAGUGCAAUCUUAUAUGAUCGACAAGUAUACUUUAAGAUGGUUAGUCUGUAUGAUUAUGAGACGUACGAAGAAGUAUCACAUUUACUAGUUUAGAUAAUAUCUGAGUAUUAAUAUGGCAAUUGUUAUGAGACUCGCUGAUUUUAAGAACAUUGAUGCUUCACAUCUUAAACUAAUAAGGAAAUGCUUUUUUUUUUUUUUCCGCUGUUGUUGUAACAUACAAAUAAAUUUUAAGGAUUGAUAGUACUCCACCCUCAAAAUGUACUUUGCUUGUCUUAUCAAUGAAUCUAAUAUGUUAAAGGUUCAAGUCUUUCUAAAUUGGAAAUUGUAUCUUGUAUGUUGUUCUUUGGAAAGCUCUUCCGAGGAGCAAGAGGAAGGACAAGGCUCUUCCAAAGAGGAAGAGGAAGAAAGCUCUUGUGAAGAGGAAGAGGAAGACAGCUCUGAACAGGAAGAGGAAGAGGAAGAAGACGAAGAAGAGGAAGAGCUACAAAGUCGUUACCGGGUGGAAUUAAUCAACAUCCCUUAGUGCAAGUAGUAACGUUGCCCACCUUUAUACAAGUUGCAGGUCAUGCUAAACCUAUUGGCACCAUUUUUACUGAGAUUGUUCAAAAUGGUGUUUCACAGGCAAAAUUUCAAGGAAUAAAUGUGAGCUCUCAUUUGGUCCCGGUUUUGAAGAAAAUAUGGGAUAAACACGGGAACAUAAUGCAAGGACAUGAAGUGCAAACUAAUAAGCAGCUAACAUGGGCCUUGGAGUCACUAGCCAAUAUGAUAAUUCUUCUUCAAAGCGACUCAGGAAUGUUCUUAGAUGGUUUCCAAGCUGCAUACUUGAAUUCAACCAUGAAUUAUCUUCAGGGUAUGCGCUUUAGAUUGGACUGGCUAAUUCCUUACAUACAAAAGGCCCUGGCAGUACACGAUGAGCAGCAGCAGGUACAUUAUAUGAAGGGACUUGAGAUGUCAAAAUCCAAUCUUCUUGCAUAGUUGCAUGAUCUGGAUUGGAGAUUGGCUCAACAAAGAAACCUUCUGGUCGGGAUGGAUGUGGCCUCAGCUCCUCUAGCUCCUAUAGACCUAAAGAAUGUGCUUGGCUGAAGGAUGAUGUGCAGAUUUCAAGAUCACAAUGUUUU